AAUAUCGGAUGGACCCAAGGUCCGAAGCGAAAGCCCCCGCCGUUAAGCAACCUCCCAAUCACUCGCUUUACUUAACAUGGGUGAAGCGCCUAGUUAUCUUCGCCGCUUCCAUCUCAGCCCUUCUUCUCACCCCCCACAGCCCAGAUCUACAUACCUCCCAAGCUCUGUCUACCCUGGCCGACGAAUUUCAACGUUACCACAACUAAAGCGAGCCUAACGGUGACAGCAUAUGUGAUCUUUCAAGGCAUUAUUCC